GCUCUCGCCUCGGCUGCAAACGUCUGUACAGCUGUUUUCACGUUGCUAAAAUUCUGCGCAAGAUAUUAUUCACGAUGAUUUACAUGCGCAGCAGCGAUGGUAACAGGCUCAGUGGCGGAUAAAGGAGUCGCUGUGUGUCCAUCCUCUGGUUAAAAAGCUCCGUCUCUCCUCGCCCACCAUGCGGAGGGUCAGCGACACAGACGCCGUCCUCACAGGUCGUGUGUGAGGGGUCUUUUAUGGAAGGUGGGACGAGGGAGAGGUCGUGAGGCUGAGGGAGAGUCGGGACAUCAGCUGAGCGUUAGCAAAGCUAGCUGCGACGAGUGUAACGGAGCGGCCACUUUCCCUCCGACCACCCCAGCAGGUUCGAUUCCGCCAUGGCCACGAACGGCAACAAUUUGCCGCCCGGGAUGGGGGAGAUCAUCCAGCUAAACGUCGGCGGGACGAGGUUCAGCACCUCCAGACAGACCCUGAUGUGGAUCCCAGAUUCCUUCUUCUCCAGUUUGCUGAGUGGAAGGAUAUCCACUCUUCGGGAUGAAACGGGAGCUAUAUUUAUUGACAGAGACCCCACAGCUUUUGCACCAAUUUUGAAUUUUCUCCGAACCAAAGAAUUGGACCUGCGGGGUGUCAACAUCAGCGUCCUGAGACAUGAAGCAGAGUUUUAUGGGAUAACUCCUUUAGUGCGGCGCCUGUUGCUGUGUGAGGAACUGGACCGCUCAUCAUGUGGUAGUGUUCUCUUCCAUGGUUACCUGCCACCCCCAGCCAUCCCGGCCCGUAAAUCGAGUGCUGCUUCAGCAGCGUCGGCUUCCUCCUCUGAAGAGCGGCCGGGCCCGAGUGGAGCAGAGGGCUUCACCCGUGUCGGUCCCCCUCCUCACCCUUCCCUCCCUGCUUCACCUGGAGCAGAUGACAACCACAAACUGGGUCCCAUUGUUGACCCCAGGAAGGUGUUGAUUGUAGCAGGUCACCACAACUGGAUCGUAGCAGCUUACGCACACUAUGUCAUCUGCUACAGGAUAAAGGAAUCCUCAGGAUGGCAGCAGGUGUUUUCUUCCCCCUACCUCGACCGGACCAUUGAACGCAUCGCGCUUAAUGCCAAGGUGGUGGGUGGCCCGCAUGGAGACAAGGACAAGAUGGUGGCCGCCGCCUCUGAAAGCAACAUCAUCCUCUGGAGCAUCCAAGAUGGAGGCAGUGGUAAUGAGAUAGGUGUGUUCAGUCUCAGUGUACCGGUUGAUGAUCUCUUUUUCAUUGGGAACCAGCUGGUGGCUACGAGCCACACAGGGAAGGUGGGGGUGUGGAAUGCUGUCACACAACACUGGCAGGUUCAAGAUGUGGUUCCCAUCACCAGCUGUGACACAGCAGGAUCCUUUUUACUCCUGGGCUGCAACAAUGGGUCCAUCUACUACAUAGACAUGCAAAAGUUUCCACUGAGGAUGAAGGAUAAUGAUCUUCUGGUGACUGAGCUCUAUCACGACCCAUCAAACGAUGCCAUCACCGCGCUGUCUGUCUACCUCACACCUAAAACCAGUGUGAGUGGGAACUGGAUAGAGAUCGCCUAUGGGACGAGCAGCGGUGCAGUGAGAGUGAUCGUGCAGCACCCGGAGACAGUGGGCUCAGGCCCCCAGCUCUUUCAGACGUUCACUGUGCACAGGAGCCCCGUGACGAAGAUCAUGCUGUCUGAGAAACAUCUGGUGUCAGUGUGCGCGGACAACAAUCACGUUCGGACGUGGACGGUGACACGUUUCAGAGGCAUGAUCUCCACCCAGCCAGGCUCCACCCCUCUGGCCUCCUUCAAAAUCCUGUCCCUGGAGGAGACGGAGAGCCACGGGAGCUACUGCUCUGGGAAUGAUAUCGGUCCAUUUGGAGAACGAGACGAUCAGCAGGUUUUUAUUCAGAAGGUCAUCCCGAUCACCCACAAACUGUUUGUGAGGCUCUCAUCUACUGGAAAAAGGAUCUGUGAAGUGCAGUCAGUGGAUGGGACCACCAUCUCUUGCUUCAUGGUGCGGGAGUGCGAAGGUUCCAGUCGGAUGGGGUCCCGACCUCGGCGCUAUCUGUUCACUGGCCACGGCAACGGCAGCAUCCAAAUGUGGGACCUGACCACUGCGAUGGACACGGCUAACAAAGGAGAGGAGAGGAAGAAAGAGGAGGCAGGUGGGCCUACAGAGGAGGAGCUGCUGCAGCUGUUGGACCAGUGCGACCUGAGCACCUCCCGCUGUGCCACACCAAAUAUUAGCCCUGCCCCGUCUGUGCUGCACCACACACGCCUGCGAGAGUCCUGCUCCAGUUUGCAAUUACAGGCACAGGAGCCCAUUCCUGAGAGUCAGGCUACUUAUGCAGCUGUGCGGCCCUACAGAGAGAGCCCCCUGCUGGCCCGUGCUCGACGAACAGAGUCCUUCCACAGCUACCGAGACUUCCAGAACUUCAGCCUGAAUCGGGGUGUCCUGGAGGGCACAGGUCAGACGUCAGCCCAGGGCCCCAGCCCUGUCACUGACGCCCGCCGCUCACUCUGUGACUUUGGGCCUGAGGACAGUGAGAGGAGAGCCUCAACGUUUGAGUUCUGGGCUUGUCGAACCACCUGUGCCAGCUCUAGCACGAACGUUGCAGCUUUGAUUGCUGGGGCUGUUUCUGGGGUGAGGGCAGAAGGUGCUCAAGAAACUUCACGCCAACCUCCGGACAGCCCGAUUCCAGGGGGAGACGUCAGAAAAAAGGUGCACCCAACGGAGGAGGGAGAGGGCGUGGGCUUCGGAGGAGAUGGGGCAAAGUCAGAGGGAGGUGUGAGGAAAAGGGGAGUACUAGAAGGAGGCUUUCUAGGGAGGAAGAGGGCUCCUCCAGUUCCUCACCUCUCCUCCCUCCCCUCCGGGUCUGAUGGUGGCGGCAGCGACUCAUCUGCAAAUGCCUCCCCCUCCCCGACCAAACUGGCCUCCUCCACCUCACCGCGACACAGGAAGCUGGCCCCUGAGCUGUCCAAUCAGGACAGCAGCCUGUGACAGCGCAACAGGCCCACCUCCAAUUAUUCUGAUCCUAGUCAGUGGAAUCAUUUCAUGCAGGCGUCCUGUUGAACUUACUGCGUCAGACUGGAUAUGAAGCAGGGUUCGAGGUGUAAAUGGGUAAAUGAUUUGUUUGUUUUGGGAGCCCACACGUAAUGACAGGUUUUUCACUAUGUUUGAUCCCAAGGCUGAAAAUCUUUUUAUGUUAACAUUACACCUGCACUUGAAGCGGGACAUCUCACCCGGAGCGGGACUAUAUUUUCUGUUUGAUCACUCUGGUGAAAUGAUUCUGUUUGUUUUUGGUGUGGGCUUUAAUCUCAAAAGAUCAGUGAUGGGGUCAGAGCUUUGAGACAAGAGUCUGAUAGAAGUGUGCCAGCUCAGUUCGGGAGAACAUCUGGGAUAGAUAGUUGUUGUUCAUGUGACAGCUGUACAAACAUACAGUCACUACAGAAGGAGGUAACAGUCUCUGUGUUCUGGUAUCGUGAAGAGUGUGUAGCGGCCUUUUUGGUUUGACGCACGAUCAGGUGUCAGGCCACAGAUAAGACUAAAUCCAUUAAGUCAUCAAGGUUCAUUAAAAUGAAAAAAGAUAGUACGGCACAGUACUAGUCACAGAACAGGGUUUUUUGAUUCUAUCUGAGGAGAGUGUAGCUUGUGAGAUCAUUAAACAGCUACACAAUAGAAGCAAGAAAGAUACACCCCUUGUUCUUUUAUCAGAUUUGUAAAGUGUUGGCAUUCAUACUCUGGUACGAAUGACUGACCUUAACAAUUUAAACACAAAGCAUCCAGAUUCAAACAGAAGUCACAUGAAACAUUUCUUGAGAUCUUAAAAUAACAAUUAUUUUUCAUUCUCGAGAAAUCUGUCGUGUUCUUUUUGAAUUUAUUUGUUCGUCUACAAAAUAUCAGAUCUUAUUAUUAAACUAUCCAGUACACAAUGAUAUAAAACACGAAAAAGAUGCACAUCCUCACAUUGGAGAAGCUGCAACCAGCAAGUUGCUGAAAAGUUCAUCAUCUCUGACUACAUGUGCAAUUUGUCGUACCCUCGCCAGAAUCCUGGCAGCUACUUGAAUCGAUAUGUCCCAAAAAUACACAACAGUUAUUGUUGACAGAGCAGUGACAGUAGAAGUGAACAGACAGCGAGCAGUGAAGUCAGCUUGUGGCUCCAUCACGCAGUAAAACCUCUUUAGGUUUGAUAUUCGACAGCUCAGUGACAACUAUGCAACAGUGGAGUUAUGAUGCACGACAGCUAAAACAGACAUGAAGUCACGAGGAUCGCCAAAUAGUGAGACUCAUGGAUGAUGACCUGAAAAACAAUGAAUCCUCAAACCUGCUUUUCACUGCAGCUGGUUGUUUAACUUGUUUAUUAUUAACUGGCAAACUGCUUAUUGUUGUAGCGACGAGCAUCACACUCUGCAAAAUGUGACAUUUACAGUACAGUCCAACAAUCUGAGGCAUUUAAUACAAUAUUUGUAAACUGGAAAACAAAUUGGUGGCACACAACUGAAACCUCAUAAACUGAUUUUUCCAUUGAAGAUGCCAGAGUAGCACUAACACUGACAGUGAUCACCUUUAGGUACUUUUUAAAUUGGAACAAAAUCUGUUUUCAAUGCUUUAUGGUUUUUAUGUGACCCUUUUCUUAUAUAUCUUAACAGAGAAAAAUCAUUUGGUGCAUGCUUUACACCUCUGCUCAUAGUUCUUAUAGUGGUGCCUGCACAAGAUUACACUUAUUAUUAUUUAUAUAUUUUUUUACAGUAUCACAAUAUAACUACACUCACUACAAGGACCUACACUACAUCACUUUACUCCCUGUUUUAAAAAUCUUUAAUGUGUCUUGUUUUGGACGACUGUUGCAGUGCCUUAUUUGUGUGACAGUUAUUGGUUGAAAAGGAUUCUGACCAAAGGCUUGUGAUGAUGGAGCUCCUAGUGGAGCCACAAAUGAUAGAUUUAUACCAGGUCAAAUCAGGUUGGUGAUCAUUUGAAUUAAGAGGCAUUAGGUAUCUAUUGGAAACAAUCCUGGAGGACGCUCUAACUGGAAGCUCCUCCUCUUUUCCUCUGGGGAACUUUAAUCUCCAGCUUGUUCUUGGAAAGGUAAAACAGUGUGUAUGUAAGAGACACAAGUAAAGCACCUUGGUUAUAUAGUAAUAUAGUAGUAGGCUUGAAGGACUGGAUAGUACAAAUUAAAAUGACAGCAACCUUUAUUUGGCGGUGAAGCUGUUUCUUUCCUGUUCCAACAUGUUGGAUCCAACAUAAGACUUCCACUUCCUGUUUGUGUGGAUUAAGUUACCGAAACCCAGACCAGCUCCUGAUUUUUGGUACUUUGUUAGAACUGUGUGGACAACAUGCUGUAAAAAAUACACGACGAUAAAAAAAGAUAGAUAUAAUUAGAAAAAACCUCCUGAAAUGUUAAUUAUAAUUUGCCAAAUCGAGCAGCUAUUUAACCUCAUUCAUUGUGUCUCAUUUCAGUAUAAAACAUAAACAGACGUCAUCGUCAAUGCCUGUACAAACACGUGCAUUUUGAUAUAACUGUGCAGAAAGUAGACAAACAUAUUCAAGACAAAGUCCUAACAUGGAUGCAUUGAUGUGUGUUGAUACACUGUUGUUUGUCAUAUAUAUAUAUUGUGAAUAAUCAUAUCCAUGUAUGAUGCCUAUAUUGAUAUUACCCUGCUAUUGGACCUUACUGCGUUUGCACUUGCACUAUUUAGACUAAUAUUAAAGUAACUUUCUAUUGUUUAUUUUAUAUAAAAUAUAAAGUUAAAAGUGUGUUUCAGCACAUAACUGAGUGUCCUCUGAAAACAUCUCGUGUCCUCGGUCGUCCCUCGUUUCCUCUCUGGCUGUGUUUACAUUACAUGAUAUCACAUUACAGCCAGCUUAAUGUGAGCUUACAUAUCUGGAUCUGGACAUCACUGUGUGUGUGUGUGUGUGUGUUAGAAAUGCUGCAUUAUGUUAUAAUGUUUUGUUGGUUCAUUGCCUUUUUAUUGCCUACAACACUGAUUCUAAUGUUUUAUUUUACAAUGUGUAGACUGGAAUGGUUUACUUUUUCUUUUCUUUUUUUAAAUAAUAAUUAUCAUGCAUGUUUUAAUACAUCGUGUAGAACAACAAGACCAAUUGUUCUGUGAUAAUUAACUUUACUCCAGUUUUCCAGGUCAAUGUUAUCAACCACAGAUGAAUAUUAAUAGAAAACAUAAAUUAAAAAACAUAUUUGCGAUCUGAGAUAUGUCAACCUUUGAAAACCGUGUGUCUGAUGACUUGACAAUUAAUUCAAACAAACUUAUCAAUGCUAAAUAUUAAUAAUUUAAAAAAAAGUUACAGCUGUUUAUGUUGAACCUGCAGUUUCACCUUUAAAUCUGGACGCAGUAAUAAGACAAACAGGUUGAAUGAGGUAUGAGGUGCUGCCAGUCAUUGCUGAGUUGUUAGCACCUGGUUUGUGGGGAUCACUUGCCAAAGUGCACAAUCUUUGUUUUGUUAGCGUGUCACAUAGGUGUGUGUGUGUGCGUGUUUCCCCAGCGCUUUCAUUUCACUAACCUUCUCAUUCAGACAGUCUCCUCUCUGAGACGCCGUCUGUCGUCAUUGUGAUUUAUGAGUUUAAUAAAACCCUGUGUGUGUGUGUGUGUUAGUGUGUGUAGCUCAGGGCCAUACUGUCCCUUACAAUCACUCCACAAGCUCUUUUCACAGCCUCUCCCUCUCUCGGUGGCUGACAAUAGCUGUGAAUGUGGCUGUGAAUGUUUUAGAAGUGCCCUUGUCAGACUGGCGUCCUUGAGCGGAGGCAGGGUUGUUACUGCCAGUUUUUUAAUUUCAAACUUGCCUUGACGCCCCCUCGAGGGACGCAGGAGCAAAACUAAACUACAGCUGCAGAGUUUCGACGCAGACGCGGGCCCCUCUGUGUGUUGGUGCUGGUGUGGGAUUGUGCUAACUGGAAGUAGCUGUGCAGCUGAUGGCACAUAUGUGUUUUACAAACUCAACACAUGAGCUUUGUGUAGCAUUCAACUCUGUAUUCCUACUGUUUGUAAUAAUGUGUUAUAACAAGUGUAAUCUGUUAGUUACAGCAACACAAUGCAACUUUUUCACCUUAAAUUGCAGCAGAUGAGUUCGAUGAUGCACCGACUUUGAAUUUGAAGAAAGGUGCAUUAAUUCCCACUCCUCUGUUCUUACUUUAUGUAACUUUGGUGAGCGAGUGUGAUCUCUGUUCAUCUGAAUUGUUCAAACGUAAUGCCGAACUAUAGAUCAGUUAAAAAGACUCAUUAGAAACCAACCAAACUUUUAAAAUAUGAAGAAUUCUAGACAGAGUUUGGUGUAUUUGUUACAGCGGCAGCUCUUCUGGUUCAGGAAGCCGGGGAUCAUGGGUAAUAUCCAGCAUGCAGUUGUGUUUCAGCUCAGUGAGAGGGACUACGCAGUCAGAGCUCCCGUCAACAGAACAGAAUCUAUCUUUACAUGUGGCUGCAGAGGGCGCUGUUGCCCAGUAAAAGUUACAUUGUGUUGCUUUAAAUUUCUUAUGCUCGUCUGUUCGUCACUCCUACACACACACACUAAUGCAAAUCGUUCACCUGUUUGUGUAAAACAUAGCUUCCAUCAUUGUUUUUCUACAACUGAAAUUAAUAUUUAAACCACAAUAGCACAAUAUUACUCGUCACGGAAAAAAUGUUCAUGUAUCACUCGUGGAGUUUUGGUCCUUUAUCAUUUUGAUGCCUUCUUGUCCCUAAUGAACUAAUUUUAUUAUUCAUGGCUUGAACAUGGACAUGAUGUGUUUUGUGUCUUUUAUUUUGACAUGCUGCUUUUUAAAUAUUAAUGUCUCUGUUCACAAUGGAGUAAAAAACAAUAUUACACAUC